GAGAGCGGGUGAAAGAAAUCAAAACGUCACCUCAAGGUUAAUUAGCCCAACUAAUCUGGAAAGUGAUUGUACUAGAUUUAAGAAACUACGUGGAAUCAAAUUAAUUAGGACCCUUGAAAGUUUCCUUAUAUUCUCACGGAUAACAAAGUGGAAAAGUUAUUGGAAAACGUUACGAAGUCGUUUGAGCUGUGUUAAUUAAAUGAUACUGUAGUAACUUACUAUUAAUCGCUAGGUGUUUGGAUAUUAGGUCCUAGCGAUCGAAAUAAAUUGGGAUGAUUAUGUCAAUUCGCUACUGCAUUCUAUUCAAAUAAUGGAGUCUACUGUCCUGAAAAUAUCCACCUAGCGCGUUUCCAUAAAUAUUUCCUCACUUCACUGCCCUUUUUAGUCUGUUGUCAAGCGCAUGCAACCGACUUACUAUCAACUUCAUAUUGAUGAUGUGUCGCACGUUGCAAUGUUUCCUUUUAAGAUAUCUUAACUUGUUUGUCUUCUAUGUUAUAGCAUCCCGAGACAUUUGAUUUGUUCAUAGAUCAUGUCUGAUAAUGAUGAAACCAUCGGUCCUUUGCCGACCGGAAAUGCUGGCGAGGUCGAUUAUAAUGAUCAAAACGAACCUAGAGACGAUACAGUUGGUCCUUUACCAUCUGAAAUGAUGCAGUCUCAGGAAGAUGUUAGUGAAGACGGUGAUUCUGUACCAGUUCCUAAAAAGAAACGUAAAGUCCUUAAAGAUGAAGCAAUUUACCUACGUAAUAUCCCAGUAGCUCAAUACUAUGAAAUAAGUUAUAUGCACAGAAAUGUGAUAACACAUGUUGCCUACUCAAAAACUCACUAUUUGAUGACGUGUAGUAAUGAUGGUCAUCUUAAGUUUUGGCGAAAAGCUGAUGGUGUUGGACUAGAGUUUAUCAAACACUACCGAGCACAUUUAGGAGCUAUUCUUGGCUUGUCAGUUAGCUGUGAUGGUGAAUUAGCCUGUACUGUUGGUGAUGAUAAAACUGCCAAGGUUUUUGAUGUUAUUAAUUUCGAUAUGAUCAGUAUGAUGAAAUUAGAUUUUUCACCUAGUGGGUGUUGUUUCAUUUAUACUCCAAAGGAUGAGGUCACUGCAGUUGCAAUAUCCGAUCAGGAUAGUUCUAAAAUUCGAAUAUUCGAUGCACGUAGCAAAGGUGAAUUAUUACAUACAAUUGAAAAAUUACAUGAAGCGCCUAUAGUUUGUUUAGCGUUUAAUCCUGUAUAUGCAUGUGCACUAAGCGCUGAUUCCGACGGUAUGCUGGAAUGUUGGUCUGGUCCAAAGAAUAAUUACAGUUUCCCACAGACACUUAAAUGGGAAUAUAAAUCAGAUACAGAUUUUUAUUGCUUACUAGCUGAAAAAACCUUUGCAUUCAGUGUUGUGUUCUCUCCAUCUGGUGAGAUUUUAGCAGUUCUUGGAGCAGAUAGAAAAAUUCGAUUAUUUCGUUUUUCUACCGGAAAAUUAAUUCGUGUUUAUGAUGAAAGCCUUCAACAAUAUUCUAAUUUACAACAGACUAAACAAUUGCUACCUAGUAUGGAAUUCGGUCGCCGUUUGGCGCAGGAAAAAGAACUUGAUCGUUCAGAAUUUAAGCAUAGUUGUAACUUAGUGUUUGACUCUUCUAGUAAUUUUUUAGCCUACGCUACUUUAUUAGGCAUAAAAAUUAUUAAUAUCAUAUCAAAUCGUGUAGUUAGAAAUCUUGGUGGACCAGAGAAUCUGCGUUUUAUUCAACUUGCUUUUAUGCCACCACGUAGUACUUCAAUAUUUUAUGGUUCAACUAACAUUGGUUCUGGGACAUCAUCUUGUGUGCCUAGUUUAGAAAUGCUUGCUAUGGCAAAUGAUUCACUAACCCCGAGUAACAAUAGUGCCACUCCGUGUAAUCCAGCAGUAAUGUGUACACCUGUAAUAGUAUGUACUGCAUUCAAGAAAAAUCGUAUCUAUUUAUUUACAAAUCGUGAACCACAUGAUGUAAAAUCUGAUGGUGAUACAGUCACAUCAGGAUCUACUGCCGAACGUGAUGUAUUCAAUGAGAAACCAACUAAAGAAGAAGUAUUAGCUGCAACAAGAGAUUCAGCAACAGCUGCUUCACGAUUAGCUGGUAGCGCUAUUCUACAUACAACUUUAGGUGAUAUACAUAUUCGUUUAUGUCCUAGAGAAUGCCCUAGAACAGUAGAGAAUUUCGUUGGACAUUCAAGAGCUGGCUAUUAUAAUGGUCAUAUAUUUCAUAGAGUUAUUAAAGGUUUCAUGAUUCAAACUGGUUGUCCUUUAGGCACGGGUACCGGUGGAGAAUCUUUAUGGGGUGGUGAAUUCGAAGAUGAAUUUCAUCCUAGUCUAAGACAUGAUCGACCAUACACUGUCAGUAUGGCUAAUGCCGGUCCUAAUACUAAUGGUUCUCAAUUCUUUAUAACUGUUGCUCCAACUGUUUGAACCUAUCUCCUAUAUAACUAUAGCCUUAGUAGCUGAAUAAUAACUACAUAGAAAAGCAAAACAUGACCUUGUACAUGAAUUUUGAGGUAAAUUAUGACUCCGUUUUAUACACGUUUUAUUGAUUCGGUAUCCGUAUUUCUGUUUACUCACAAUAACUUGAGAACAUGUUGAAGGUAAUUUUCAUUAUGAUCUAACGUGAACUAUAAAAAAACUAUUAAAAUACUUAGAACACUAUCUGAUCGUUUUAAAUGUACUCACUUAUUACUCUCCACAAUGAAUCUUUACUAGGAUAUGCAGUACUUUCCGUCUUGCUAAUUCUUUUCCAGCUAACACUACUUCUCGAUGAUAAAAGAACUUUGAAUAUAAUGUUUGCUGCGAUAGGAGUUGUUAUUGAAAAAGCUAGAGGCGGUCAAACCGAUAGGUUAUGUCAGUUCAUGAAAUCAUUGCAUUUGAUUGAUCACUGAAUAGUGACCAUUGUCAUAUAUGUUAAGUUACUCUUUGAGUUAAUAGAAUCCUGUUGGUCAAAUUGCAAUGUAACCACUAAGUGACCCGACAUUAUGUUCACUAUGUUAAGAUGUAUGAUGGUGGUUGAAGGUAUUCUAUGACUAUUGUCGAUACCUAAUCUUUCCUUUUGGGAGAGAACAAAUUAGCUUCUAGACGGAGAGGAAAUUAAGAAUAGACGAUGGAAGUGGAUAGGACAUACUUUACUCAAAUCAUCAAACUUCAUCACGAGGCGAACGCUAACUUGGGAUUCUGAAGGGAAACAGAAACGAUGAAGACCAAGAAACACAUUGCACUAGGAAUAGGAAGCAGACAUGAAAAGAAUGAAUAGCAACUGGAAAGGAUUGCCUAGGACAUAGUUGGAUGGGGAAUGUUGGUGAGAGGCCUAUGCUCCUCCACUAAGGAUAACAGGCGUAAGUAAGUAAUCUUUCCUAUUACCACUACUGUGGUAUAUACUUCUUACUCUAAUAGAUAUAAGUAGUAUAUAGCAGUAAUCGUAGGUGAAAUGUCUGUCAGCAGAAGGUUAAAUUGAAGUGAACAGCAACGAAAAUAGAGAGCAAUUGUGAUAACAACAGAAUUGGAAGAAUCAUGGAGUGUGUAAAUGAUAACUGAGGAAAGAUAUGCAAAUGGUGUAUUGAAUGUAUGAUUUUCAUAUUUUACA